CCGCAUGUUUAUAGUAAUGUAAAUGAUUUAAUACUAUCAGUUGAGAUUGAUACAAAUACUUGUGCGUGUGUGUUUCUCAUAAUGGCCAACAGAAUUAUUCUGUUGUGCUUUUUCUAUAUUUGUUUGUCAGUGAGUACAGACUGUCGAAAAUUUGGUGGGUCAAGAAGCAGUGGGCGUAGUGGUGGUGGUAGAAGUUGGGGAAGCUAUAGUCACAAGCCGUCUACAAGCAGACUUCAUGAAACUGCUAUAAGCAGGCCUACUUACAAUUAUCAUUAUCCGGCGUCUUCUUCACGUCUAUCAGGCGAUGUAAUAAAUAGACCAGAAACAUCUUUAAGUAUUUCGUCACCCACUAUAUUUGGCUCCGGAUUGCAGAACAAGCCUUCAUCCAGUUAUAAUCAGCAAUCUGUUUUUAGAAGCUCUGGAUUAUCAGGACACAGUUAUCCAGCUUCUUCAGGAUUAUCGGGAGAUGAUAACAAGAAACCAUUACUUCAGCAAGGAUCAUCACAUUACAACCACAAUUAUCCAAUAUCUCGUACAGGUCUAUCAGGAGGUAGUAACUAUAAGCCACUAGCAUCUUCAGUAUUACCUAAAGGAGACCAUAACUAUCCAUUAUCAAAUUUAGGGCUAUCAGGAGAUAGUGUUAAUACACGUAGUCCACCUUUAAAACUAUCUCAAAACAAACCAUCUUCACCCCAAGGAUCAUCAUAUUCCAGUCAUAAUUAUCCAAUAUCUUCUACUGGCCUGUCGGGAGUAAGUAGCUACAAACCACCUUUAUCUUCAGUACCGCUUAAAACUAACUAUAGUUAUCCAUCGUCAUUAUCAGGGCUAUCAGGUAGUAACAACAAAAAACCCACAGGUCAAGAAUAUCCUCCAUCCCUAACGGGUUUAUCGGGAGCAAAUAAGCCAGUUAUACUAACGCACGAUUCUGGUAUUCGUCCAAGCUAUCCAAUAGCAACAGGAUUAUCAGGAAAUAGUCCAAAUACUCAACCACAAUCACAUCCUAUUCCCCUUCCUAAGCCUAAUGGAUCUAUUGGAACUGCUCAUAUAGCUACUUAUAGUAACAGUCGUCCUCUAUCAAAUGUAAGUUUGUCUGGAUUUGGUAGUAAAUAUCCAUCAUCGUCAUCAGGUAUGUCAGGAUCUGGUCCAUAUAAGCCUCCGAUUCCAACAACGACCUCAAAAUUUGGUACUGGACAUAUUUACCCAAUGUCAUCGACAGGAUUGUCAGGCAUUAGUAACAACAGUUCACCUUUAAUAGCAAAACUUGAUUCUAGUCAUGUCUAUUCUACAUCUUCAUCAUCUGGAUCAGGACACAGUUAUCCACAAUCACCAACAAGGUUAUCUGGGGCAGGUCAUCCUCAAUAUACAUCAACACCUGGGUUUGGACAUGGUUAUCCAUCUGCUGCUACAGGUUUAUCUGGUUCAGGAAAUAAUCUGUCACCAGGAGUACAUAGUUCAAGAUCACAUAACUGGUACAAUACAAACACUGGAAAUUUGAAUGGCCAUAUUCAUACUAAUGGUAACACACACUACGGAAAAACGUAUAAUAUACCACAUUAUAGUGUUCCGAGCUAUUAUUCUUCUCCUCAGUAUGUAUAUAUAAAUGAGUACAGAAAUUCAGGGAGCCGAUAUAGUGACCUCUUGAUUGGGUUAGCGAUAUACAAUAUAGGUCGUUCACAUAGUCAUUAUCAUGAUCAUUACUAUUACGAUGAUUAUUAUAGAAGACGGUACGAAUCUUUAAAUUCUUACACAUCUCUAACCAAUACCAGGCCAAAAGAUUCAGCUAUAUGUACCCUGAAAGUAAAGGAAGACAAUAAUAUAGUAAAGAUACUGAGAAUACCCUGUGAAAUAGUGUCAACAUUUACUAAGGAUGCUGUAAAUGAAACUAAAUCACAAAGUUACAUGAAUCAAACAGUCUGUGUAACAAAUGUGACCACAGUUAAUAGUACUAAUGAAAACAUGACUCUUGCUAAUUCAACGUUAUUUAAUGUGACAGUUGUAAAUGGUACCGUAUGUACAUCCACGGUAAAUACUACAGAUCCUUUAUCGAUCAAAGGUCCACCGGUAUCUUCGACAAAAAUGGAGUGUGUUGUGGAAAUUCAAACUAAAGAUAGAUAUCUGCAAAACAAUGUAGAUUGUAACGUGUUACUGGAGUAUGCGAAAAUGCCAGAACCUAAGAAAAAGGAAAGUAUCAUUAUGCCUUCAAGGCAAAAGCUAAAGUCUUGGCUGGCGAAGCCUCCUUGGUGGAUGUCUUUGUUUAUAAGUGUAUAAAUGAGUGUAACUGAUAAGAAGUAAUGAUAAUAAUGAUUGCGUGUUGUGUAAUUUUUUUUGUCUGUACAUGUAUGUUUAUAUAUUAUUAUAAUUUUUUUUUAAUUUAACAAUUUUUGUGUUGAAUACUUUAGUUUUGUAAAGAAUUUUAUAUUAUUAAAAUAUUUUAAAUUAAAAUCAAGUUUGAAGUGAUUUUGAUGACUCUUUUUUAAUCGCAAGGGUUAUACGUAUAUACGUCAAAAUUUGUAGAAUAAAUUGAAUUGCUAUUAGGUACUAUUCGUUACUGAGUAAUUUUAUUUUACAUGAAAAUUGUUAUUCGAUUUGAUAUUAGGGCCUUAUUAUAGAACUAGCGGCUCGUCCCGGCGUCGCACGGGUGGACAUUUUUACAUUUUAAAAAGUGGCCAUUAAGGCUGCACACUCGACGGAAGCUUAAAAAUGGAGUAACUUCUUCCGUUUUCCCAACAUUUCCCUUCAAUGCUCUGCUCCUAUUGAUCGUAGUGUGAUGAAAAGUAUAUUGUAACCUGCCCAGGAGUAUGAAGAAUAAUUGUACCAAGUUUCGUUAAAAUCUGUCGAGUAAUUUUUGUUUCUAUAACAAACAUACAGACAGACAGACAAAAAUUUUACUGAUUGCAUUUUUGGUAUCAGUAUCGAUCACUAAUCACCUGAUAGUUAUUUUGGAAAUAUAUUUCAUGUACAGAAUUUACCUCUCUACAGAUUUAUUAUAAGUAUAGAUAAACUAAGUACAUAUAAUAUUAAAACAAAUUUUAUGUGUUAUAUGUUUAUAUUGAUACCUCAUGUAUGAUAUAAAAUUAAAUAAUGUAAUACUUUAUACUUUGAAUAUUAUAAUUUUUAGUUCGUGUAUUUUGUAUAGGGCGAAAUCUCGUGACCACUAUUGAGUUAUCAUUGAAGGAAUUCAUUAUUACAUAUCUAAGAAGUUAUUUAUUUGCUAUAGAAUGAUAAUAUUUUGUUAUCUUACAGUGUACUAUUAUGUACCAAAAAGAUGAAUAAAUUGCUUUAUAUUGUGAUUCAUAAAAAAGAAGUUAUACUUUGAUGAUUAUGAAUCACCUACAAGAAAUCCAUUAAAAAUAUCGAAUCUCCAUUCUGCGACACGGCGCCUGCUAAUGUUAGUAGGCAGUAUUGAUAUUAUGUUUGAUAGAGAUUUAGCUGAAUUAUGUUCAUGCGGGGUUUUAUUGAUUAGUAAAUAAUAUAUAAGGAACAUUUAUACAUAUUUUUUUUUUCACUUUGCUUUUGUAUCUUUUGCUGUUUGUGUGCUGUAAGUGAUGCAAAUAAAUUAUCUAUCUUUAUAUCUA